CUGCAUCCGAAACAACUCAGGAAUCGAAAAGCUCAAAGUAAAUUACAAUGGGACGUCGUGCGAAAAAGGCCCCGGUACGUCGUUCUCUAAACUGUAGAGUCCAUUCGUUGUUUGAAAUGGAAAAAAUCUUUGCUGCUCCUCGCUUUUCCACCAACCGCGGAGUUCCGGUCGCGGAUGGUGGGCCAUUGCAUGCCSCGUAUCUAAUGGARGACGGAAACGCACAAGGACAAACAAUACUGAUUCUUAUAUCUGGUAUCCGAACAUGAUGAUUUGUGAAGCGAAGUCGAAAAAUCAACCAUGGUACAUCGGGGCGGCACGGAAUCAACCACCAUUGUCUCACCACUGCUGCCGUCUUCAUCUGCUGUGUUGUUCAAAUGAAAACUGUCUUGGUUGUCACAAAAAUAUAAUGGAUGGAUUGGAUUUGCGAUUUAUCUAUUGAUUAAUUGAACGCUUCAAAAAAAAACAAAUUGAAACAACGAAAUACUCCACAAUCCACACUUUUGCGCCCGCCACGGCCUUAACACCGUUCCAAACCAAUAAUGCAAUAGGUCCAAACUAAAAAGCGUCCCACGCUUGCAAAGCGCUUCAAGUGUCCCUUUUGCAGCAACGAGGACGUCGUCGAGUGCAAGAUGGAUCACAAGGCGAGAGUCGGAAGCCUCAGCUGYCGCUUGUGCGGUGCCUCCUUUGCGAUGCCUAUCAAUCACCUGCACGAACCCGUGGACGUCUUUAGCGAGUGGCUUGACGACUGCGAGGCUACGGCCCUAGGGAAACCGACGGGRCAGGCCGCCGCGGUGGCUGCGGCGCAAGAGGCCCACAACCACCGGCUGGAAUACGACAUCUCGGACGACGACGACGACGAUAUUGGCCAGCCCUCGGGGCUUAGCGCGCCGAGCAAAUCAAAGGGGAAAAMUGGUGGAGCGGCCUCGGCAUCCAAUACGAAUAUCGCGGAUUUGGGAUUGGACGAUUCAGACGAUGAUUCGGAUUAGCRAUAAAACWAUCAUUCAAUUGAUUCACACUUUUUGUAUCACUCUCGUCAACAACGACGGAAGAAGGGUCAAAAUUACCCAUAACAUUAAAAUCGACAAGAACUA